UUAUCCAAAAUAAGUAACGGAAAAUCACUGGAAUCAUUACUGACGUGUCAUUUUUAAAAUGAAAAAACCAACAGAAUAUUAAUUAAAUUUCCUAAUCAGUUUAUAAAGUGAUAAUAAAUCAAAGUACCUUCAGAUUAGUGACAGAACCCACUUUAGUCAAAACUAUGAUCAUUAUAAACCCAAUAGGCGACAACCUCCAAGUAGGUACCAGGAUUCACUGGGACGAAGCCACCCGAAGCCUGUACUACGUCGACCUCCCCCAGUCAACCAUCUACAGGUACAAACCGGCUUCCAACUUGAUCACAAAAGCGAAAGUUGGAGACCAACCUUUAGCCUUCGCAUUUCCCGUCAAGGGUAAAACGGACCGAUUCAUUGCUGGUCUUGGUCGCAAUAUCGUCAUUCUUAAAUGGGACGGCGAAACUGACAGUGUUUGCCAUUGUACCACCGUUUGCGAGGUCGAUGCACACCCAGAUAAAGCUAAAAAUAGGUUAAAUGGGGCCAAAGUGGACCCUUUCGGCCGCCUAUGGGUGGGCACCAUGGGUCCUCAAGACGAAAAUGGGCUCACUGUGCCCGGUCUUGGUUCGCUGUAUAGUGUGACCAAAGGAAGUUGUACACGCCACUUAAGCAACAUUGGGAUUUCUAACGGUUUGGCUUUUGACGUUGACAACAAAAAAAUGUACUACAUUGAUACGUUGUUCCCCGGCGUGUAUCAGUUUGACUACGAUGGAGAACAUGGGGAAAUUAGUAAUCAGAAAGAACUCUUCACUUUUAAAAAACACGAUAUUCAAGGUUUACCCGACGGGUUAACUAUCGACAGAGAAGGUAAUUUAUGGGUGACAGCACUUCAAAGUGCCUCCAUCAUACACUUUGAUCCAAAAAAAGGCGAAGUGCUGAAGACAAUCCACAUGCCAACACCUCAAGUAACUUCAAUUACUUUUGGCAAUGACAAACUGAACAUACUGUAUGUAACCACAGCCAAAUUACCCAUUGAUGGUAAAAUUCCUGACGAGCCCGCUGGGUGCACUUUUAAAUUGGAAAACGUCCAUAUUAAAGGUGCACCAGGUUAUAGUUACAAAUACAAGGAUGAUGAUGAUCAAGCAGUUUAAACUAGAGGCGCUUUAUUGAAUAUAAUAUGAAUAAAAUAGCAUCUGUACACACCAUAACAAACUAUAUAAACAUUUUAGUUGAUUAGUA